CCUUAGAUCAAACGCUGCGCCCGAGUCUUUCCGAAAGUUCCCGAUAGCUAACGGAUGUAUCCGAGACCGGAUACGGGGAAAGACGAGUACAUCCGGAACAAGGCGAACGAAGUUCGGCAAUCCAAAACGCACGAAGACUACAUUGAAGCGGGAUCCGGUGAGAAGCUAUCAUGGCGGACCAGAUCGCGCAGCUCCGAGCGGAUGGGAUCCAGAAGCGGUUGGUGCAAGAAGGCCGGGGACCGACGCCUGAGUAUCAAGAUGGUACCAAGGUUACCUUCCACUAUCGCACAAUGCUUUGCAGUUCGGAUCAGAAAGUACUAGAUGAUAGUCGUACUCGGGACAAGCCUAUGGAGCUGAUCAUUGGCAAGAAAUUCAAGCUGCCUGUCUGGGAAACCAUCUUGCACAGCAUGCGGGAGGGCGAGGUGGCUGAAUUCUUGUGUGACACAAAGCAUGUGGUCUUAUAUCCGAUGGUGUCCAAGAGCCUGAGGAACAUCGCAGCUGGGAAAGAUCCACUGGAGGGACAGCGACAUUGCUGUGGCAUUGCCCAGAUGCACGAGCACCAUUCGCUGGGUUACCCAGACCUUGAUGAGCUCCAGCAGAACCCCCAGCCCCUCAUCUUUGCCAUUGAGGUGCUCAAGGUGGAAAGCCCUGGCACGUACCGGCAGGAUCCGUGGGCUAUGUCAGAUGAGGAGAAGAUGAAGGCUGUACCUCUGAUCCACCAGGAGGGCAAUGAGCUCUACAAGGAAGGCAAAGUACAGGAGGCUGCUGCCAAGUACUAUGACGCUAUUGCCUGCCUUAAGAACCUGCAGAUGAAGGAGCAGCCAGGAUCCCCAGACUGGAUCCAGCUGGACCAACAGAUCACUCCUUUAUUGUUGAAUUACUGCCAGUGCAAGCUGCUGAGUGAGGAGUACUAUGAGGUGCUGGAUCACUGCUCUUCCAUUCUCAACAAGUACGAAGAUAACGUCAAGGCCUACUUCAAGAGAGCCAAGGCUCAUGCCGCCGUCUGGAAUGCAGCUGAGGCUCAGGCUGACUUUGCCAAGGUUCUGCAGCUGGAUCCAUCGCUGGCCCCAGUGGUAACUCGGGAGCUUCGGAGCUUGGAGACCCGCCUGCGUGCAAAAGACGACGAGGACAAGGUCCGCUUCAAAGGCAUCUUCUCCCAGUAGUCACUGGACCGGCUGCUGAUGCUUUUGCUCAGGACAGCUCUGGCUUUCCUAUCGGAGCCCCGGGGUGAGGCUGUGUAAAUGACAUGUGUGGCUCCUUGUCAGGGCUAGUGUAUCCCCAUCCUCCAUACCGAUGUUGGAGGGAUCCAGCUUUUCUUGCCAACAAAGGCUGUGCUCUCUGUGCCAAUAGCACUAUUUGCAACUGCCAAAGUAUGUGAGAUACGGCAGGAAAGCCUUUCUGAUUCUCCAGGCCAAAGGUGGGAAGCGCACCCAGAAUGUGUCUGCCAGUUAGGUGUGUGCCUCUUUCUCCCAUGAUUAAUUUUUUCUCCUGUUCCUCUGCACAUGGUGCCUUUUGGUCAUCUGAGCACAAGGAAGGAAACUUUCUUCCUGGGCUGAUGCAUUAUGAAAGGGCUGGCAGAAGCUACUGUCUGAAGGGUUUGCUUUGGAUCAAGGCUUCUCUUCUCUUCCAUUCCCAAAUCUCCUUUCUGCUGCUGGAGGAAAGGCCAGGUGUAGGAGCAUCUGGUCUCUAGAAACAGCAGUGGCUUCCACGUCUGAGAUGUGGGCAAGAGAGAAGGGGGUUCCAGUAAUGACAAUGCUGAGAGGUGAUGGCCUCUUGAACGUCUUCCCUGCUCCCUCCCUCCCUCCCUCCCUCCCUCCCUAUGGAGUCAUGCAAGUACGUGCACAAUUUCAGUUAGACGUCCUUUCCCAACUCCUUGCUGCUGCUUGGCUGUGUGGGAUUAUACCCGGCAAUUCCGCCCUGCCCCUCUCCUUUAUAAAAGAAGCUUAUAGAGCAUCUCUGUGCAGGUUAAGAAGGGAACACAAAGCGUAUCAUAUUUGAGAGGAAAGACAGUAGCUCACGUCUGCAGUGAGGUGGCUGUGCUGGCAAGCUGUUCUCAGCUCACCCCUGAGUAAAGAAUCCUGUGCCAGCUGGGUGUGAGUUGAAGAGACACAGGUAGCUUGUCACCUUCCAGCCUUGGAUUGGUGCUGCUGCUGCAGUUUGCCUGCCAAGGGACUCCUGAGCCCAACAUUACUUGGGUUUGGUACAUAAGAGGGAGAGUGGCCUAGUGGAUGUUGCUUCCUAAUUAAAAUGGGCUGAAAUCUCCCCUUCCUUCUCUCUGUGGAAGCUGUAGGAGCAAAGGUGAUGUUAGCUCACCGCUCCCAUCUAUUUAUUGGAGCAGCGUAUUGUACUCCUACCCUCUCAAUAGCCUCUGGCUGCUUUGGAAAUCUCAGCCAUCAAGUCAUUGCUUCUUGAAUGCCAACUUUCCUUCCAUCAGUAGCAGUUACUGGCAAAGCAGCCCCGGGGCUUAGGUUUUGUGGCUGCUCCUCGUUCAAAAUGUGGCCUGUUCUGAAUGUUAUCCUUCAGUAGAGAGAGGGGGAAGGGGGCCUGCAGUCCCAAGCCCUUCAUACCUUUACAGAAACUGGGUCUCAACUUGGACUGCAUAGUGGUUGUCAGUGCCUCCCUCAAAAAGGAAAGCUCUGUUGCUGAGUUCCCCCAGGGGGUGCUAUGCACUGGCAGAACUGUGUGGGGAUUACCUUGCUGGAUUUAUCCCUGUGGAUGAGAAAAUCCCCACUACUGCGAGCUGGGGCCUCACUACUGUUUGUUUUUGAUGGUGCAGAGUAGUGGCUGAGAGUGAAGGUCCCACGCAAGAGUUAGGCUUCCUGGUUCCACUCCCCAUUCCCAAGUAAUGAAGAAUAGUGGUGUUUUGCUGUUGCUGCUGGGGGGGCGGUUACCUUUCAACCCCUCCCAGAAACAUUCUGUGGCAGCUUUUCGUUUAAGAUCAAAGACUGGUUGGUGUGUGUGUGUGUAUAUAUGGGUUGCAGCCAGGAGGCAGAGUGGAAAAUGUUUCUUCAUAAGACCAGAACAGGAAUGUGUCUGGGGAGUGUAGCCUUCCAUAACUGGGGGUUCUCUAGCUGAGUUUGGACUGCCUUUGGGAAUCGCAUCCUGAGGGCCCAGAUGAGGAAGCUGGGCUAUGCAGAGCAGGAUAGUAAUUUUUUUCUUCUUCCCUGGGGUGGAUGAGACUGAGAGCUGUUUCCUAUUGGCACCAGGACUGGGGUGUAAUGUUGUUUCCUUCCAUUCUGCCUCCUCAAAACUUCUACUGCCAAAGCCAUCUGCGAGUCUCUCCAGAUUAGCUAUAGAUCCACAAGCUUUCAAUUCAUCAAUUUUUAUUGCUAAAGUUGUUCAGAAUUUACAUCACCUUUUUUAAGGACCAUGAAUUUGAUCAUGUCUAUGUGUGUUUCUCCUGCUAAAUUGCAGGGGACUUCAUCAUGAUUUAAUUUUUACUUUUAUUUCAGAGGCCCCCCAAGUUCAGAUAAACUAAUCUCAAUCCAAUCCAUGGUUCCUUGGAAGAAAAUAGACCUGGUUUCCCUGUGCAUUUCCCAAGUGUUGGUAAAGCAAUGCAUUUGUUUAGCUAGCGCUGCUCUCCAGAUGUUAGUUCUUGGCUGCUGUUUGCUGUGCCUUUUUUGUGAGCUCUUGUAGAAUAAAAGGUAUGCUUCAAUAGCUUCUAGACCAGAGUUACCUGGCUGGGAUGAUGAUAUUGUUUGUGGGUGCAUCUUCACAACUAUAGGGAUGGCCAGUAAUGGAAACGAGAACCCAUGGCCAAAGUGUUUCUCUUGUGACUGAAGACCUCCACAUGCUAACAGAAGGUGACAUGUAACUGCCCAGUUCAAAUUAAAAGAAUAUUUUCCUCUUGGAUAUUAUCUGUAGGGCUGAGACUAUGUGGCUUCUUUAACAGUACGUUCCAUCUCUCCUCUUAAUAAACUAAUUUGUCUUGCUUGA